AUGUGUCCCGUCUCUUUAGUAGAUGUUGUUCAGGGCUCUCCCCAUGCCCCACAGCCUAUACUCCGAUGGAUAUAUCAUCAUAUAACCUAUCUGCCUGUCUGUCUGUCAGUCUAUUUAUCUAUCUAUCUCAUCAUUUCAUCUCUCAGUGUAUUCAUUUAUCAUUUUAUCUAUAUAUCUAUCUAUCUCAUCAUUCCAUCUAUCAAUAUAUUCAUUUUAUCUAUCUAUCUAUCUAUCUAUCUAUCUAUCUAUCUAUCUCUCUCUCUCUCUCUCUCUCUCUCUCUAUAUAUAUAUAUAUAUAUAUAUAUAUAUAUAUAUAUAUAUAUAUAUAUAUUUUUCAGCAUUUUAUCGAUCCAUCUAUCUAACGAUUUCAACAUUUUAACUAUCUAUCUCAUCAUUUUAUCUGUGUAUUUAUCUGUUGCGGUAUUUUCCAUCCAUCUAUUUCAGUAUUUUACUAUCUAUCUAUCUAUCUAUCUAUCUAUCUAUCUAUCUAUCUCCCCAUUUCGUCUAUUUUAG